UCCUCGUUUGGUGAUAUCGCCAAUGGAUUUGCGUCAGUUUCAUCACAGACAGUGCAUGCUGUUGCUGAGCGUGUCGCCAAGGGUGAUCUCUCUACUGCGUUUACUCCCGAAGAACAGAAGGUUCGGGCAUUGCUUAAGCAAGUCAAUAGUGUCACAUCGCAUGUCCCUGGUUCCAGUUCCUCAAAGACCGUCAUGCGCAACCAAAUACGCGGCCUUAUGAUUGAUAAAGGUCUACCAAAUUUUUACAUCACAAUUAAUCCCGCCGAUGUAUACAAUCCUGUUGUCAAA